AGAACGAAUUCAAGAGGCUCAAAAAGCUGGAGAAGAGUCUUUCUCUCCAGAUUCACAGACUGCAACAGAGGGAGGGCAUGCCUGCACCAUGGACCAUCAACAGCACUGAUGAUGAUAAUGAUGAGAGAGCGGAGGAGGAAUUGACCGAAUCUAUGGAAGGUCGGGUACAAUCAGCACGCCGGGCUGACACCCACCCCUUUAGCCAAAUCCUGUCUGAUGGUACACAGGAUAAUGACCGCACUUUCAGUGUUGCGAGUCCACGUACCUCCAAAGGCAGAAAGGGUGGUCAGUCAGGCCGUGCACGUGCCUAUUCCGAAAUCCCGAAGGCACCAGAAUACAGUAACCUCCCAAAAUCCAAGCAGGCCAUGAACAAGAAACAUCGUGACCGCAUGGCCAGGAAACGUCAACUGCUUGACUGUAGUAAGGCAAGUCGUGGCCCUGCACAGGAACAGCCGAGAGCAGCCAUCACCAACAGAGUCAACCCAGUGGGCCUUCCUCAGCAGUACCCGACUGACAGCGGUGAAGGGACCCCAACACGCCGGUUUGUCAUGCUCAGACUGUGUCGCUGCUGUGCUAAACGGCUUCUUAGGAGAGGCAGCACAAUACAGAGAGAAGAGGAGAGGCUGAGGGAGCUCAGACUACUGGUGGAGGAGAAGAACGUGGUGGAGCUGCAGAGAAGGCUAGACCAGGCUGCAAGGAAAUAUGAGAGCAGACAGAGAGAGGAAUUGCUGCAAGAGGAAGUGCAGGACAAAUGUGAUGCUCAGCUGAGCUGGGGGCUGACAAAGCAAGGGAUGAAGAACGAAUUCAAGAGGCUCAAAAAGCUGGAGAAGAGUCUUUCUCUCCAGAUUCACAGACUGCAACAGAGGGAGGGCAUGUCUGCACCAUGGACCAUCAGCAGCACUGAUGAUGAUAAUGAUGAGAGAGCGGAGGAGGAAUUGGUAAGGCUGAUCAAAGAACAGCAGCAAAAAUCUAACACGAAAACAAAUGAGUGCAUAGAAACAAGCAUCAGGUAGAAAUUCAAAAAAGCUAGAAUGACCAUAGUGUCAAGUUGAUACUCAGGACAGCACAUGAGUUGAUUCAUUUAGAUGUUGAUCAUUAUGUAAAGGACAUUUUGUUUCAGUGGUGAGACUCUACAAAGGUAUUAAUACAUGUAGAAAUAUAUGACAGUGUCAACUUGCUUAUAAGAUUUAGAUUUGUAAGGAAAACCUGUGGAGUUCUCUCUGCCAGGGGGUCCUGGUCACAUUCAUUACAUUUCUGAGAAAACAAAUGUCUGAAUACUUAACCAUAGUUUUUGCAUCAUUUGUUUUCCUUGUCCACAACGUAUGACUGAACUGAUGAACUGAUGAAUGUGUUUUACAGACCCAAUCUAUGGAAGGUCGGGUACAAUCAGCACGCCGGGCUGACACCCACCCCUUUAGCCAAAUCCUGUCUGAUGGUACACAGGAUAAUGACCGCACUUUCAGGUAUGUCCUUCUUGUGACAGACACAUCAUCCUUACGUGCAUGUUUUGAACCCAUUUAAUGACCUUCCUUAUAUUAUUUUUCAUGGCAUGAUCUUUUCUUUCCGAAUUACAGUGUUGCGAGUCCACGUACCUUCAGGAAAGGCAGAAAGGGUGGUCAGUCAGGCCGUGCACGUGCCUA